GUAUGCGGUCACACUGUUUCUAAAUAGACCAAAUGGAACAACUGGCGGCACAAAAAAACUGGACAGAUAAGGAGCGUCUGGAGCUGGCGGCCCAGCUGGACGCAGAGCUAGAUGCGUUUAUCGAUGGCCUGGAGAAGAAGCGUUACGAGGAGGGCUGGCCGGAGGACCGCUGGCAAGAGGAGAUGGACAAGCACCCGUUCUUCAUGAAACGUGCUCCGCAGCCAGGCGACGACGUGCAUCCGAUGUUCGAGGGUCUGCAGAAGCUCAAGUACGAUCCGGAGGAGAACACGCGCGACGAGCUGGCGCUCAACUACAAGGAGGAUGGCAACUUUUACAUGAAGCACAAGAAGUUCCGCAUGGCAAUCUACAGCUUCACGGAGGGUAUCAAGACCAAGACGGACAAUCCCGACGUGCUAGCCGUUCUCUACAACAACCGCUCGGCGGCUCACUUCUUUAUCAAGAACUACAGAUCCUCGCUGAGCGACGCCCAGCGAGCUCUGUUCUACAAGCCGGACUACACAAAGGCCCGCUGGCGGUCGGCACAGUGUGCGUACGAGCUGGAGAGGUUCGAUCUGUGCACCCAGAUGUGCGAGGAGCUGCUUGAGGUGGACGUCGAUCACAAGGAGGCCAACGCACUGCUGCACAAGAACAAGAUGAAGAAGCUCGAGAUAGAACGCAAUCAGCGCAAGGAGGCUAUCGAGGAAAGGCGUCGGCUUGCAGGCUUCCACAGACUGCGCGACGCUAUCGAGCAGCGCGCCAUUAAGUUUGAAGAUCAAAAAGUUGGCAAAAAGGACGUCAUCAGCGAGGAGCUGCUUAAGCCCAAGUAUCUGCCCUUGCAGGACCAUCCGGUGCACCUGGACAUGGACGGCAGCACGCUUAUCUGGCCGGCUGCGUUCUGCUACCCCGAGUUCCUAAUCAGCGAAUUUUAUCAGCGCCUGCCGGAGACCAUCACCAUGCGGGAUUGCCUGGCGAGGCUGUUCGCCGAAAAGCUGCCAUACGACAAGGAACACAACUACCGCCAGGGUAACGUGCACGUUUACUACGAUAACCACAAGGUGGGCUGCGUCCACAAGGUGGACGAGGAGAAGCAGCUGGCCGAGAUAAUCGCCGAAAAGGGGUUUUUCGUUUCCGGUGGCACUCUGCUCUUCUAUGUGGUGCCCAAGGAUUCGCGGGUGGAACAGGAGUUUAAAAAUAGCAAGCGAGCAAAUAAAGUGGUUCCUUCUUGAAAACAAACAAA